GCAUGAGCCUAGAAAUGCCAACUAUCUGCCUUGACUAAGUUUCAUUUUCCUAUAGCUCCCAUUGUUUCCCAAAUAGAUUCAAUAGUACUCAAACUUCCUGAGCGCGCUUAAAGCGGCUAAGAUAAGGACGUGAAUCGCACUCCAGCAAGGUCAGGCAAAACGAAACAUUUGUCAACCGCAUUCAUGUCGAGAAAUGUCCGUGAAACGAACGCGCGCCGCCUACGAGUCUGACUUACGGGCCAAGCAGAGCCCGUUUGUAGCUUAUGGCACUCCGCUUCCUCCGCUAGAUCCUGAUGUCCGGGAUGACGGGUCGUAUGUUCCUGUUUGGAAGCAAGAGGUGACGGAUGAGAGAGGAAGGAAACGUCUACAUGGAGCGUUCACAGGUGGAUUUAGCGCAGGCUACUUCAACACUGUUGGAUCGAAAGAAGGAUGGACUCCAUCCACCUUUGUCUCGUCACGAUCGAGCCGCAAGAAUGGCGAAACCAAGAUAAUAGAACGGCGGCCUGAGGAUUUUAUGGAUGAGGAAGAUCUUGCGGAUGCCGAAGAACACCAGAGAGUCCUCACAGCCGGGGAUUUCACUGCAUUGGGCUCUACGGAAGGUGAGGUCAUGAAGCGUGGAGGCUACAUGGACCUUUUCAAAACAGAGGGCGAGACAAUGGGAGUCAAACUUCUGAAGAAAAUGGGAUGGCGAGAAGGUCAAGGGGUGGGACCAAAAAUUCGAAGGGCUGCGCGGCUGGGCAUGGAGAUUCCAAGUGCUGGCCAGUCCCAAGAGGAGCAUCUUUUUGCGCCAGAUAAUACGCCAAUGAUUACAUUUAUUCGAAAGAUCGAUCACAAAGGGUUGGGGUUUGCUGGCUCGGCCAAGCUGGGAGAAGAAAAUCAAAACAAUGCUGUUUCUAAACCGGAAGUCGACAGGGGGGAAGUGUUUGGAACAACCCGGCCAAUGACAACCAAGAAGGCAAAGAAAGCAGUUCGCGGUGGUAUCGGCAUGGGGGUGCUAAACGACACUGGCUCUGAUGACGAAGAUCCAUACGAAAUUGGCCCUAAAAUAUCAUACAAUAAAGUUAUUGGCGGCGACAGGAAAAAGAAGAAUCCAGUCAUUAGUGGCGCGGCCAAGCCGGUGUUCAUUUCUAAAAAGGCAGCAGCAGCAAGGGCAUCUCUGGGAUUCCGGAAAUGUCAUGAUGGGCGCCUUCCUCUAGAUGGAUUCGUAUUGGGCAGUGGGACGGACUCCGUCGACGUCACUUCGAUGGAUAAAUAUCGACCAGUCGAAGUUCCUCCAGAUUGGACUUCUGCAAAAACAACAACCGCUGCCUCAGGAGCAUCUGAUUAUAUAUCAACUGCAGAUACCGCCAGAGCCUCGACAUUAGACCCGAAAUCGCGUGCAGCGUUACUGGGCGAGACACCUUUGCCAGGGAAGUCCGUUUUCGACUUCCUCUCCAAGUCCGCCCGAGAUCGAAUCGCCUCAGCAUCAGGGAAGACAAACCUGCCUGCAGCUCUAGGAGAAGUCCCAGAGGGUUAUGUUCCACCACCUGAACGUCGUCGAGAAUCGCCUGGUCAAAUUCCAAAUAUUGACAUUGAUGUCGCCGUGGCUGCACUGGGCCGGAGUGGGAGUGGUUGGAUGCCAUAUUCCGACAACGAAGAAAAACGGUCACGGUAUAAAAUUUACUUGGAAAUACAAGCAGGCAUUAGAGACGGGCUUCCUGAGAAGGAACCUGGGGUGGCAAAGGAGGACUGGAUUAGGGAACUUCAGGAGUUUGCACAUAGUGCGCAGAUCUUCAAGCCGAUGGCUGGAAUGAUGGCAACCCGGUUUACUUCCUCGUCCUCAGCACCUACCACAUCUGAAGGCGCUGCGAACAAAUCUGAGACUCUACUCAGUAAGCCGCAGCCAAAGCAGGAAGAUCCAGCCGAAGCCGCGGCCAAGGCUGGUAUGUUUGGGCGCCUGACGAGAUCAAAGGAAGAUUUCUACCCAACUAGGCUACUGUGCAAGAGAUUUGGGGUUCGCCCUCCGGCUCAUGUACAGCCAGACCCCGAGAACGAAAGGGCUGGUGGGAAAGAUUCUGGUCCAGCGACUAAUACCGGCCAACCUCCCCGGGCCUCGGAGUUGAUUUCGAAGUCUGAUAUCGACGAUUUGAUCAGGGAGUCUGGUGGCCGCAACCAACACUAUCAAACUGCGACUGGCGGAGAUGUAAUACCACUGGUGGAACGGCCUAGGGAAGUUGUGGUUGAUACGGAACGGAACGAAGCAUUAGAAGGCGAAAGGCCCGGAGAGGCCGUGUUUAAAUCAAUUUUCGGUGAUGCUAGUGAUGAAGAAUAA